AUGAAUGAAGGAAAAUUUACAGAAGCUCAGUAAAUAUAACAAUAAUUACAUGAAUAGACAUAAAGGAAAAUUUAAGUUUUAAGAGAUUUUAUUUAAGAAAGAGUAAUAAUUAUUAAUAUUACUAUUUUUAGAUUGAAUUAAGAAAAAAGGCUAAUUAACAAUAAAGAUUGGAAGAAAUUAAAAAUAUUCAUUUUAUUAAAACCUUCUAUGAUAUUUCUAAUGAAUAUCGUCUUAAACAUUAAUAAUAAUAAGAAUAAUUAAAUGAAGAUUUUCAUUACUUUAAAAAGAGUGUUCCAGGUUCUAAAAAAUUAAAAUAAUUAUAUGUGAAUUAUGAUAAUGUUUAACCUUAUGUAAAACACUAAGGCAAACACUUUGAUAAAUAUAGCUAUCCAUCUAUUGCUAUUCUUAAAGAUACUAUGAAUUAAUAAAGCAAAGAGUAUUUAUAAGAAGUUGAAUAAUAGAAAUAGAAAAGAUUAGAGGAUGCUUUGAAAUAAGUUAGAAAAUUAUUAGAAUCUCAAAAUAUUCGUUUUAGUAGUAAUAGAAAUAAUAAUAAUAAAUCUUAACCUUUAGAUUGGUAGAUUGAUGUUACUAUUGCAUCUCCAAAAAGAAAUCCUAGUGAAAAGAUUAAUAUCUCUUAAACUGGAAUAGAUUAUAAAAAUCUUAAAGAUUAUGUAAUAGCAAAGAAACCUUUUUUUCUAUUUACAAAAAGAGCUAAAUAAGAUAAAAAUCCAAAAAAUGCUCAUGGACUUAUUACUAUGUAUGAUCUUAAAUUAUAUGAUUAUAUUCAUAAUAAAAAGAUUUAUACAUCCAAUCCUCAACUCAAAUAGAUAUCUGAUAAACUUCAUACUAUGAUUGAAAGUAAAAAAGAAUAAGAAAUUAAUGCUUAAUUGGAAAUUUAAAUUGAAUAAAGAAAAUAUUAAUUAAAUAAAAUGAAAAGAGAUUCAGUACCUGAACAAUAUUAAGAUGAUGUAUCUUAGUAUUCAGAUGAUUAAUCAUUAUAAUCAAUAUAUGAAGUUAAUUUGGAUAUGUUAUAUAAUUAAUCACAUUAAUUACAUAAAAAAUUAGGAGAAUCAAUUGAUGGUGGAUUUGCUAAAAGAAUUAAAUAGAUUAUAAAAUUGGAAGAAGUAAAUCAAUAAUGUUUGAAAACUAAUAUUGACAAAUUAACAAAAUAAAAAAUUGCUUUUUGA